CUAUUAUUAUAAAUGCGAAAGUAGGGGAGACCGAGGUAAGUUAACACAAAGGUAAGUUGACACAACUUCAAUAUCUCGGAAGCUAUAGGCAUUAGAAGUUUGGCAACAACGCAUUUCUGAUCCGCCGCUCCGCCGCUCCGACUUGUCAGUACACGCCGCGGCCGCCCGGCGAACGGUUGUGGCACUAGAGCGUCUGUGGCGAAAACUGCACGAAAAAAUGCCGAACAAUUACAAGCGCAAGACGGAUAGAGGCGAAGUAAGCAUCGAAAUAUAUGAAUUGGCUGCCGAGGAGGUUAAUUUGAGAGGAAAAAGUCUUCGGGAUGCUGCAAAAUCGUAUAACUUAAAUUAUUCUUCGUUGUACCGUUUCAUUCAGAAAAAAAAGAAGAACAAUGACAUGCCUGUCACAAUGGGGUAUGUGCAUAACUCUAUAUUUACUCCUGAAGAAGAACAAACAUUGGCCGAAUAUUUUAUAAAUUGUGCAGCAGCUAAUUAUGGUCUGAAUACUAAAGAUGCCAGGCGACUGGCUUAUCAACUCGCUAAAAAGUACAACAAGAAAUUCCCGCCUACUUGGGAAAGCAAUGAGAUGGCAGGUGAAGUAUGGUUGAGGCUUUAUAUGCAACGGCAUCCAGCACUCUCUUUGCGAGCUCCUCAAGCGACCAGCCUUGCUAGGGCCACCAGCUUCAACGAAGCAAAUGUGAAAUUGUUUUUCGACAAUUACACGCAGCUGUUGGAUAAGCAUAAAUUUUCAGCCUCUGAUAUUUGGAAUAUGGACGAAACAGGAGUUACAACAGUUCAAAAACCUAAUAGAGUCAUCGCUCGUAGAGGGGAAAAACAAAUUAGCGCGAUGACAUCAGCCGAGAGAGGGACGUUAGUUACAGUGGCCCUAGCUGUAAAUGCUAUAGGAAAUCAUCUCCCGCCAAUGUUUAUAUUCCCCAGAAAGCGAUUUCAGGAUCACUUCAUACGGGAUGGACCAGUUGGUAGCGUAGGGUCUGGUAACGCCUCGGGAUGGAUGCAAGAAGAGGAUUUUAAUUUUUUUCUGCAACAUUUGCACAGGCAUGUUCGGUCGUCACCCGAUAAAAAAGCGUUGUUGAUUCUCGACAAUCACAGCUCUCACGUUGCCGUGAAUAACAUUCUGCAAGGAUAACGGGAUAGUAUUGUUAACAUUUCCUCCACACUGCACGCAUAAGUUGCAACCCUUAGAUCGUGCUGUAUUCGGCCCAUUGAAAAAAGCAAUAAAUACCUCUGCAGAUAGCUGGAUGCGAACUAACCCAGCAAAAACGAUGACGAUAUAUGAUGUGCCUGGAAUAGUAAAAACGGCCGUGGAAGUUGCAGUCACAGGAAGAAAUAUAACGUCAGGUUUUUCAGCAUGUGGUAUCUGGCCCUUGAAUUCAAAUAUUUUUACAGCCCAAGACUUUGACGACCGGUUUGGCCUAGUGGGUAGUGACCCUGCCUACGAAGCUGAUGGUCCCGGGUUCAAAUCCUGGUCAGGGCAUUUAUUCGUGUGAUGAGCAUGGAUAUUUGUUCCUGAGUCAUGGGUGUUUUCUAUGUAUUUAAGUAUUUAUAAAUAUUUAUAUAUUAUAUAUAUCGUUGUCUAAGUACCCUCAACACAAGCCUUAUUGAGCUUACUGUGGGACUAGUCAAUUUGUGUAAUAAUGUCGUAUAAUAUUUAUUUAUUUAUUUAUUUAUUUAUUUAUUUAAGACUUCCUCCCAAGUCAAGUUACCGAUCGUCCGUUAUACGAAAUGCAACCCAUGUUAAGCAGAGCCCGUCACUGGGUGCAUACGCAGCAGGAGGAAGUGGUGCGAUAGUGAACUAAAACAACGUCGUCCUUUAACACUCCGUGUAUUUCCUAAAUGCACAAAUGUAAAGUCGUCAAUAAGGACAUUAACAUUAAGUAAAUAACUUAUAAUAUCGAGAGUAAAAUCUAAUGAGAUGUUUACCGGUCGAUCCGUGAUAGCAAAAAAAAAAGAA